AUGAACAGAAUCGCCCUCAGACAAACCAGACUUUUUGCCGCUUCAGUACCCAGAGCCAGAGCCAUGUCGUCCCAGAACCCCAUCCACGACGCCGCCGACGCCGUCGGCCAGGAGAAGGACACCAACCCCGCGAAGCCCAGCGUCAUCUCCUCCGAGGGCGCCGUCGGAAAGCAAUUCAACCCUGACGGCAACGUCGGCCAGAUCGGCGAAGCCGUCGGCGGCCCCUUUUCGAAGGAUGGCGCCAUCGGAAGCCAGUUUGACGCCAGCAAGGGCGGCAUCGCCGGCACCGUGGAAAAGGCGGUAGACGGACCCAGAAAUCCGGCGAAGAAGUAG